UUUGCUUCAUGAGCUACAGCGCAUGUGUCGAAGCCUCGGGUAUCAGAGGACCAUCACUAAAACUGGCUCGAGCGUAACAUCACCGCUUCAAUGUCAGAACGUGAACAUGAAGCAGCAUCAUCAACUUUUCCGCCUUUCUCUUUUCUUUUCUUUUCGCUCGUGCGUUUUUCUGGUCGCUGCGGUGUUUUCUGGCUCCACAGAUGCCUCAACACAUAAUAAACCAAAGAAGAUCAUGGCCAUUGUGGGUGAAUCUGUCAUUCUGCCCUGCAAUGUCACUCUCAGUGAUGAUCUGCCCACAAUCGAGUGGUCCAAAGACGGUCAGUCUCCGAACAUCAUCUUCCUGUAUCGGGACGGCUGUGAGACCUUCGAGAUGAAGCAUCUGGACUUCCGGUUCAGGACGAACCUGCUCAUGACUGAACUGAAGCAUGGAAACCUCUCGCUGAGGAUUUCCAACCUGCAGCCUUCUGAUGAGGGGAGGUAUCAGUGCAUGGUUCUGCAGAAGAAGCAACGGAAGGUCGUCUCAACGCUGGAGCUGGUUGUUGGUGCCGUCUCUGAGCCGAAGCUCUCGGUCGUUCAAGGUGAGGACGGUGUCCUGACUGUGCAGUGUGAGCUGAAACACUGCAGGUCGUCGCCACCUGAGAUAGUGUUUCUGGAUGAUCAGGGAAAGGAGAUGAGUGCUGAAAAUCCCAAAACAGUUCCACACACCGGGGAAUGUUUCAGCAUCACAAGGAGAAUGACUGCUGCCAACAGCAUCACAUGCAGAGUUCUCCAUUCUGAGAUGAAUAAGAUCAGAGACACAAAGAUUUACAUACCAGAAAUCUGCAAGACAUCCUGCACUCAGAAUAUUCCGAUUGUUGUUACAGUGGUCACAAUUGGAUUAAUAUGUUUUAUCGCUGCUGUUCUGUACAUAAAAUAUCCCAACUUUGAAAGUUGCUGCCACGUAAAUCAGGCUAACCAUGACAGAUGUGCUGAGCUGCUGAGAGAGAAUGCGGAGCUGAAAUUCACCCUUCAGGGUCUCAUCCAGCAGCACAGCCGUUCUACGAUUGGCUCCAGAUCCCCUCCAUCAGAAAGAUGUCUGACACCUGGCCCGACGACAGAAAAAAGCACUCAUGGCAGCUGUCCGUCUCUUCUGACUACUAAAGCUGCUGCUGCUGCUCCGCCAGCCUCACAGCAGAAGCAUCGCGGACGUUCGAGGAGUGUCUCCGAGCCUCAGCCUCAGUCAAGUGGAGCCAAAACGCAACGUAGAAACACCAUUUCGCAUAACCGAUUCAGUCCCCUGGAAGAUCUCUCUGAAGACUCAGAGCUGCUGAUCUCCGGAGGUGAAGAGCGAUGAGGAAGUGCAGUGAAGAGCAUUUCUUAUAAAGCUUGAGAUGUCUGAGUCCAGACUGGAUUACAGAGAUCUGCUCAGAGUGACGUUAAAGAUAUCAUGGAUAUAGAUUCUGACCAGUCACAAUGACGUCAAUGUCUGUAAUAGUAAUUAGAGAUGAUAAAACUCAGAUAUUACAUGUGAGAUAAUUGGAAAACCCUAGCGAUUCGGGAGAAGUGAUUCUCUCUUAAUUCCAGUUAUAACUACCGUUCAAAAGUUUGGGGUCACUUAGAAAUGUCCUUAUUUUUGAAAGAAAAGCAGUUUUUUUUUUUUAAAUGAAGAUAACAUUAAAUGAAUGAUAAAUCCAGUGUAGACAUUGUUAAUGUGGUAAAUGACUAUUCUAGCUGGAAACAGCUGAUUUUUAAUGGAAUAUCUCCAUAGAGGUACAGAGGAACAUUUCCAGCAACCAUCACUCCUGUGUUCUAAUGCUACAUUGUGUUAGCUAAUGGUGCUGAAAGGCUAAUUGAUGAUUAGAAAACCCUUGUGCAGUUAUGUUAACACAUGGAUAAAAGUGGGAGUUUUCAUGGAAAACAUGAAAUUGUCUGGGUGACCCCAAAGUGUUGACAGGUAGUGUAUGUAGCCACCUAUGAACAAAAACAAAUCCUUAAAAAUGCCUCUAAGCUAUUUUACUAUUGCAGCAUUACACAUUAUCAAUGUGAAAAUGCAGGAAGCUAAAUUAGCACCAACACUGUUCCUAUCCUGAGAGUUUAUUGCUGUAUGUUGUUCCUCCAGAGUGUCACCGGUCAGUCAUCAGUUCUGGUGGGAUCCAAAUGAUUUUAAUUCUGCAGAAUUUAAAAAUGCACCAGAUUUUUCAAUCGGUUGUACGAUUUUAAACACGUGUUUCUGAUCGUAGAAACAUUUCUCCGUGCGCUUAAAUCAGUCAGGUUUCUGAUCUUAUAAGCUGUUGUUGUUCGCAUACUAGAAAAAGCAGUAUCACCUAGGAUAUUAACAGUACAAUCAGAUAAAGUACUUUAGCAUUUACUGCUCUAGUCAGUUAAGCUUAUUUUUUAAAAUCUUUCUGUAAAUGUAUAAAUGCUAAUAAAACUGUAUUUUAUAAGCAUGUUUUUAUAAAACUACAUACAUAAAGAAAUGUUUUUAUAUGAAUGUUAAACAAUAAAAGUUCCAAUUUUAGGUGCAAUUAAAGUACAAAUACUGAUGGUAGAGCAUUUUGUAAUAAAUACUAUUAUCACUGGAAUAUCAAUUCUAGUUAUUUUUGCACUUUUCUGUAAAUUCUAUGUCAUUGUAAUGUGUUUUAAAACUAUGGGGUUUAUUUACUGGUACAGAGUUUCCUAAUAACACUGUAUUUUAUUAAGUCAUGUCACUAUAAAUAAACACAACGUAGGCUUUUAAAACAUUUUCUUAAGUAAAUUAUCUACAAAGUGAGUGUUUGGUUUUUUGCUCUGCUGCACUGUUCUUUUAUUUAAGAAUUCUUUUUUUAAAUUUCGUGAUUCACUGGAAGUUUUGCUACUUUUAAUGUUCAAAUAUUUGCCAUUUCAAUGGGAUUCUAUGCUUUUUAAGAUCAUAUCAUCUCGACUUUUCUGCUGUCAUCGCAUUCAGUAACUGAAGUCCUGCAGUCUUGGUGUAAAAAACAAACUUUGAUGUUUGUGCCCUACAAAUAAUACAUUUUAGACAAAGCAAACAGACAAGAGCUACAUGUUUUUGGCAUUUUGUGCAAGUAAGAAUGGACAUUAAGAGUGUUAAUAAUAAUAAUAAUAAUAAUAAUAAUAAUAAUAAUAAUAAUUAACCUUGUAGCAUUUUCUUUUCCCUCUGGCAGUGAGACACUAACACUGUGUGAUUAUGUGCAGCAGGUCUGCAGAAAGAAAUGUAUAAAAAAAUGUAUGUGUUGCCUCUUUCAAACAUAUCAGACAAGCCAGCAGUUUUUAUAGGAUGUCUUUUUUCCCCCCAUCUGACUGCAGUUUCAUUUCUCCUCAAUAAAGAUGCGGCAGUUUAUGUUUCCCAAAAACAAUCCAGCCUCAGCAGGAGCUUUGCUUUUUUUCAUUUCAGUUCUGAGAAAGAUAACUGGUCUUAACUAAGAAAAGAAGCGCAUCAUUUUAGUUUUCACUUGCUGCUCUGCUUCUCACACACAGGCUUAAAAACCAGAAGUGAUCGAGCACUUCUCCUUCCCUUAAUGUCUGACCACAUUCCAUUUUCAUUUUGGUGUUUUUCCUGGGAUUCCUUUGUACAUUUGCAUAUUCCCUGGCAAAUCUCAGUCCUGUUUCUACACUCUCUGUAAAUAUCUCAAAAAGUCAAAAAUAUUAGAUUGACGUGGAGACAGACUUGGAGCUCAGUUAACUCUACCUACUUUUUAAUUGUCUUACAAGUGGAGUCAAACUCCCUGACUUCUGUGCAUCUUGAAAAUACCUGCACUUUGUGGCUUUUCAUGGUUAUUUUGCAUUUCUUUACAGUCUUUGUUUUCUGUCCCCUGUGCUCAUUUUGCAUCUUCUUUCACUGAUUCGAUCUUUUUGCAGUUGUUUUGUAUCUCUUAAGGUUGUUUUGUGUAUAAUUUCAGGGUUUUUUUCCUCUUUGUGGUCAUUUUUUUGUCAUUUUGUAUGUGUUUGGUCACUUCUGUUUGCAAAAAAAAUUUUGACCCAUUUUGGUCCUUUUGUAUGUCUUUUUUUUUUUUUUAAAUAGUUUUUGCUUCUCUUUGUACUUAUUUGCAUUGAGUUUUGCUCAUUUUAUGCCAUUUUGCCUGUAUUUAUGGCCACUCUGCCUCUUUGUGGUUAUUUUGUGUCACUUUAUGGUUGUUUUGCAUCUGAUUCAGAUUGGGUCAUUGCACCUCAACCAUAAGGGACUUUCCGAUCAACCAUGUCUGAUUUGUUUGAAACUUUUUUGUUUCUCAUAAGCUAUAGAUAAUGAAAAUUAUAUUUGGGAAAGUAUCUGGGAAAGGUUGAGUUUCUCUGUUUAAAAUUUCAGCUCCAGAAAGAUGUUUCACCAUGCUGAAUAUAUCUUCCACCAUCUUGACCUACACCACCUUUGAGCCAUGCUGCAUUUAUUUUAUUGAUCUAGCAUGUUUUAUUUUACUAUCAGUCUCUCCAACGUGUUUCCAUAUGUCCCCUUUCUGCUCGGUGUAACGCUGCACAGCUGGCAGUUCAGCCAAAAACUUCCUGAAUUUUUGCCACUUGAUUUUUGGUCACGGCUAAAUCACUAAUAGGUUUUUGGCUGCACAGAGAAGCUUAAAAUUUUUUUGUUUUUUUACAGAAUUUGUUUAUACCAAAUUAAGUUUUGCUGAAUUUCUAAAUGAAACAUGUAGAAUAAAGUGAUUUCGAUAAGA